AGCUACAAGUAACUAACCCCAAAGACCAACUGCAUUUACCGGUCAAGAAUGCCGCGUGUUAACUAAAAGAAAUAAUCCAAAAAAAUAGAAAAUAGGCAAACAAAAAAGUACAAAACCAAAAAUAAAUUAAAAAUUUAAUAUCUUUAAGAAUAGAAUAAGGCCACAAAUCGAUAUAAUGGAGGAAUUUCUGGAUAAUUUUGGGAUGACGAUACCCAGUUUAAGAGGCAUCUACGAGACUUUAACUCGCAAAAAACCGAUUGAAGAUUCCAGUGAAUCGAAAUUGGCCAAGGUUCUGUCGGCCUUUGAUUUGACCACUUUGGGCAUUGGCUCCACCUUGGGGGUGGGUGUCUAUGUGUUGGCUGGCCAAGUCUCCAAAGUCUAUGCCGGUCCUGCAGUGAUCUUCAGUUUCUUAAUAGCAGCCAUUGCUUCCAUAUUUGCGGGUUUGUGUUAUGCAGAGUUUGGAGCUCGAGUGCCUCGUGCAGGUUCGGCAUAUGUUUACAGUUAUGUUACCAUUGGCGAGUUCAUUGCAUUCGUCAUAGGCUGGAAUUUGAUAUUGGAAUAUGCCAUAGGCUCAGCCAGUGUGGUCAAAGGUCUGAGCUCAUAUUUGGACAACCUUUGCGAUCAUGCCAUGGAGAAAUUCCUGGGCACUCAUCUGCCUAUGAACAUUGAGGGCUUAAAUCAUUACCCCGAUAUCUUUGCCUUCGGUGUCACCAUUGUCUUUGCCUGGGCCAUAGCCAUGGGAGCCAAAGAGUCUACCCGACUUAAUACGAUUUUCACUUUGCUGAAUCUCAGUGUGGUAUUAUUUGUCAUAAUAGCCGGCCUCUUUAAAGUGUCCACCAAAAACUGGGCCAUUCCCAAAGCCGAAGUACCCGAAGGCUAUGGCGAAGGUGGUUUUGCUCCCUAUGGCUUUGCUGGUAUUAUACGAGGUGCGGCCAUUUGCUUUUAUGGCUUCAUUGGUUUCGAUUGCAUUGCCACGGCUGGUGAAGAGGCAAAAAAUCCUAAAAAAUCCAUUCCAUUUGCUGUCAUCACUUCGCUGGCCAUGGUGUUCCUGGCCUAUUUUGGCAUUUCCACUGUUCUCACUAUGAUGCUGCCCUACUAUGAACAGGACGAAAGUGCUCCUUUGGUUCAUGUCUUUAGCAUUUAUGGCUGGACUGCGGCCAAGUAUAUUGUCUCCAUAGGCGCCAUAUGUGCCAUGUGUACCAGUUUGAUGGGUUCCAUGUUCCCUCUGCCACGCAUAGUAUAUGCCAUGGCCAAUGAUGGUUUACUUUUCAAGUUCAUGGGUGAAAUCAGUUCCAAACAUAAGACUCCUUUGAAUAGCACCCUGCUGACGGGAUUUCUAACAGGGGCUUUUGCUGCCAUCUUCAAUCUGAAGCAAUUGAUGAAUAUGAUGUCCAUAGGCACUUUCUUGGCCUAUUCCAUGGUGGCUGCAUGUGUUUUGAUACUGCGCUACGAAAGUGAUGAGAGAAGAGAUAGUCGCAAUCUGGCCAAUGGCAGGCUGCUGCUGGAGCAAAGUGACGCUGAUUGUGGUUUCUUGAGAAUGUUGUUCAACAGCUCCCGAUCUACGGUGCCUAGCAAGAAAACUUCGCGCAUUGUAACCAUGAUGAUAAUGUUGUAUGUUAUACAAUGUGUGCUGUUGACCCAGAUUCUGUUGCCCUUCGAGGAGAACUUCAGUGGCAUAUCCGUUUUAGAUUUCAUCAAGCUGGGUGUGAAUAUAGUGUCAUUGAUUUUGACCUUGUUCAUCAUUUCACGCCAGCCGGUAUCUUCAGCCUCACUGGCCUUCAAGGUACCCUUUGUACCAUGGGUACCAGGAUUUUCUUUGCUCAUCAAUAUCUACCUCAUGAUAAAACUGGACAUCAUGACCUGGGUGCGUUUCAGCAUAUGGAUUGCCAUUGGCCUGAUUAUAUUCUUUGCCUAUGGCAUACGCCAUAGUCGCAUGAGACGCAGAGAGCUUAAAAUCUUGGCCGAUUCUGAAUCUCGAGAGAGAAGUGAAAUUGACUCAAUCUCAUCGUUACACGCCGAUGAUCGCUUCAGCACUCAAGUUCCAUUGAUGGUUAUGCACACUACAAGUUAAUCUCAUAGUUUAAGCGAAAAGAAGACAAAACUCCAGGUUGAUGCCAAGGUGUUAUAGCAAAGGCAAUAAUAAUAAGAUGCUACUAUUAACAAAAAGGCACAUUGUUCCUUUUUUUAGAAUUUGACAACAAAAAAUUAUUUACGAUCUAAGGAGAGUAAAGCAAUUUACAGUUACUGUUUUUGAUUAUGUUAACAUUCGAUUGCAGCAAGGAAAUCGUUAUCGCAAUAAUAAUGCUAAUUUAGCUGAAAGAGUAAUUCCAAACUAACAUUAACAAGAGAGUUUCCAAAAUGCUCGUGAUAUCGCGAAUCGUAUUUCAUUGUCUACAAUUAAUACUGAAACAUCAUACAUACAUAUUGCUCACUCACACAAAUCAACAUAGGAAACCAACUAAUUUAGCACCAAUCACCUCCAGCUUAGAAAGAGGAAAUCUUAAUGUGUGAACGCCCCAUCAGUUUUCUAGUAGAACUUCAAAACAUGUUUCCACUCAAAUAAUGUCUCUUUAAUUUGCUCGCCUCAUCUGACCUCAAAAUGUCAAUAAUCAUGUACUUAAUUUUAGUAACGAAAAUAUGUCGAAAUAAGCGUUUUUUACGCCUGUGAAUAUUUUGUAAAGUUUUCAUUAAAAAAUUCAAUAAUUCUUAAGCUAAUUUUUUGUUUAACACUUUGUACAAGUUUAGUUUAAGCUACAAAAAUAAA